AUGUCGCCAGUUCACUCCCCUGCCACGUUAUACCGAAAGUCGUUAACAUACUGUACCAGUAGCUCCCCUGCAUCCAGGGGAAAACUGACUGUACCCAGAAAAAAAUGUUUCCAGUGCCCUACAUUGUUCACAUUCGUAACAGUGAGCUAUGCAAAUGUUGUCGCGGGAAAACACUACUGUGGCGACAUUGCAGUGCUUUAUUCGACAUCGGUGUUAUUAAGAGACGUUUACAUUACCGGACUGCUAUUGAAGAAAUCCAACAUUAACAUAUGUGUGAAUAGUGGAUGCCUUGUCGAGGCCUUGUUUGUGGAAUUAACCGAAAAUAUUGGGUAUGUGAGUUUUUGGGAUCGGAAUAAUGUGCUCGGUGGCCUACAUAGGUACGUUGUAAUAAAACAACCGGCGAACGACAGCCUUAGUGUGUCGGCCAUCAAAGCCUUAGUACAAUCGCGGCGUUCUUCCCGUAAUUAUACACAUAUCGCGAAAUCCAAAACCACCACCAUCCAGUCUACGGCGACCCACAUAGACCCGGCCUUGAAGCGAUUGAUCGAUGAAAUUCACGCGAGUGACGACACGAGAGGACAGGAAGUUGUUUUCGAGAAGACCCCCAAAUACACGUGCCCAGAGAAACUACGGAAAGUGAACGGCGUAGAGGAUCUUCUAUGCAUGAAUCCCCCGCGGUUCGAUGCGGUAGUCAAAAAUCCAUGCUGGCACGACGCUCGUGGCAGGUGGCGUUGUCUGCCCUAUUUUCAGCUGAUUGGCAUGGACAAGAGUGGCUCCACGGACCUGUUCGACAAGGUAGCCGGGCACCCGGAAGUGAUUAAAAAUAAGGGAGCCCUCAACAAGGAGACCAUGUGGUGGUCAUGGAAGCGAUAUGGUUUAUGGUUAGAUGCCAAAAAAGGAAAGCUUGAAAACUUCAAAACAUACACGGACUACUUCUCAGUCGCGGCAGAAAGAAUUAAGAAGAAUUUGAGCCUCAUCACCGGCGAUGGGACCCCGAUGGACCUGUGGGAUGAGCGCGGCUGGGUCAACCUGCCACAAAACGCCGGCCGGAAGACGCCCCUCUUUCUCACUCCUCACCUCGUCAACCACGUCAACCCGCACGUGAAGUUGAUAGUGAUAUUCCGAGAACCAGUCAAUAGAUUAUUGAGCGACUAUUGCUUUCUAAAGAUCGGUCGACAGACUGCCAAAUCAUUUCACGAAGAAGUUGUGAGGGGAAUCCGAAGCCUGCACGCAUGCACGAGAACUCGGACACUGAGGACCUGCCUCUAUCAUGCAAAACUUAUACAAUCUUUUAAAGCUCGCUUGCACCUUGGUUUUUACUCCAUAUUCCUGAGGGACUGGCUCCGCGUGUUUCCCCGGAAACAGUUUCUGAUCAUGCGCACUGAGGAUUAUUCCAGCGAUAUUGCCAGACACAUCCAGUAUGCAUUCGACUUUCUUGAUCUCGGGAAGAUUUCCCAGCAAACAAUAAGAAAGUUGUCAACCUCCAGUCGGAAACACGUGACAAAGAAAAGAAAAGCGGUGUCAAUGCUAGAGAAAACACGGGCUCUUGUACAUGAACUUUAUAAACCAUUUAUGAAAGACUUAGCCUUUAUACUUCAUGAUGAUAAAUACUUGUGGCAUAACGUGUGAAUAAUUAAAUAUACAGACUUUUUAUAUGAGUAAUUGAUUUUACGCGUUUGCUGGAGUAUCCCUCGUAAUAUUCUCAGUAAGCAAAGCCAUACUUUUAGGAUAGUAGUAUUAGUUUGAUCUGUUUAAACGUAUUUAUUUGUCUCAA